AUGGAACCUCAAAACAUUAGCUUUGCAGAGUUUCAAUCGUGUCAUUUCCUUGUUGGGAUCGUGCUUGCUUUGUGCUUUACCCAAAUCUCCUCUACCACAAACGAAACCGACAAACUCUCUCUUCUUGCAUUUAAGGCAGGAAUAACUGAGGAUCCUCUCGGCAUCCUCAGCUCGUGGAAUGAUAGCGUGGGGUUGUGCCAGUGGCAUGGUGUCACGUGCGGUCAUAGGCACCAAAGGGUCACGACACUGGACUUGAGUUCGCAUAAACUCUCUGGGACGAUCUCUCCUCAUAUUGGGAAUCUCAGCUUCUUGAGAGAAUUGUGGAUCAGAAACAACAGUUUCGGUGAUGAAAUCCCCCUGCAAAUCACCCGGUUGAGCCGCCUACGAAUCUUACGAUUGGAGAACAAUUCAUUGGUCGGUGAGAUUCCUGAAAACAUAUCAGCUUGCUCUAAUCUUGUCAUCCUCGCUCUUGGGGGCAACCAAAUAACCGGGAAAAUUCCUACACAAGUUGGUUCAUUACCCAAUCUACAACUUCUUUCUUUGCAACCAAAUAAUCUGACUGGGAGCGUGCCUUCCUCCAUUGGGAACUUAUCUUCUCUAGAGGAGCUUUAUCUUUCGCAAAAUAACUUGGAUGGGAGCAUUCCUCCAACCCUAGGCCACCUACUGAAAUUACAGUACUUUUAUGUGGCACAAAACAAACUGUCGGGUCCAAUUCCAACUGGAAUUCUGAAUCUCUCUUCUUUAACUAACUUCGAUGUCUUAUUUAACCAAAUUCGAGGGAGUCUUCCAGCAGACAUAGGCUUUACACUUCCAAAUCUUCGGUUUUUUAGCAUUGCCGCAAACCUAUUCAAGGGACAGGUUCCUCUGUCAAUAUCAAAUUGCACAAAGCUAGAGUCACUUCAACUUUCAAGGAACAAACUUUCAGGUAAAAUUCCUUCUUUGGAAAAUCUGCAUGAGCUUCAACGGUUCACCAAUUUUGAAAAUCAGCUCGGGUAUGGAAAACUCGAAGACUUGAACUUUGUUUGCUCUCUGACAAAUGCCACGAAGUUACAGGUAUUGUCCAUCCAUGACAACAGCUUCGGCGGAGUGCUGCCAAAAUGCGUAGCUAAUUUGUCCAUCACCCUCAUAGAAUUUGCUGCCGAUGCUAAUCUACUAUAUGGAGAAAUUCCCAAAGAGAUUGAAAGUCUUGUGAACCUGGAAGUAUUGAGUCUGUCAAGUAACAAGUUUUCGGGUGUUCUCCCCUCAAAUUUGGGGAAUCUACGAUAUUUGUCCUUUCUGCUGUUAAGUGAUAACUACUUGGGAGGGACAAUUCCAUCUUCUCUAGGAAAUCUAACCAAGUUGACUACACUAGAUUUGGGUGGGAACAACUUUCAAAAUCAAAUCCCUUCAGAACUGUUUAACUGCCCAUUUUUGAACCUGUUAAAUCUUUCUAGUAACAAUCUCAGCGGUACCAUACCCUCCAAAAUCAUGGGUAUUUCAUCACUAACCAUCCUUUUGGACUUGUCUCAUAACCGCCUUACUGGAGUUUUACCCACGGAAGUAGGCAACUUGAGGUUUUUGACUGCAUUGGACAUCUCCGAAAAUAUGUUAAGAGGUGAAAUUCCAAAUAGUAUAGGUGAUUGUGUCGGAUUGCUAUCAUUGAGGAUGGAUGGCAAUUCCUUCCACGGGUCCAUUCCUCAAUCAAUGAGAUCGUUAAGAGGCAUUGAAGAAUUAGAUCUUUCACGCAACAAUUUUUCCGGAGAGAUUCCGCUGUUCUUGGGUGCAUUUCGUUCUUUGAAGGUGCUGAAUUUGUCUUACAAUAAUUUUGAGGGCAUGCUUCCACGUGGAGGAGUCUUUGAGAAUGCCACCACUAUUUCUGUUAUUGGGAAUGCUAAGCUUUGUGGCGGAUCGCCCAAAUUUCAGCUUCCCAAAUGCGUCUCCAGUAGCUCCAAGAGUCGAGAAGUCCAUGUAUUGAGAUUGUCUGCUUUUGUUAUUUGUGGCCUUCUCGGAAGUGCUCUAGUUCUUGCUAUUCUAUAUCUCUGCUGGUGGAAGAGGCGAGUACAAGAACCGGUUUCAAGUUCUGUUGAUGUUUUAUAUUCGAACGUAUCUUAUGGAGCACUCCUAAAAGCAACCAAUGGUUUUUCUUCAACCAAUCUAGUCGGUGUUGGAAGCUUUGGUUCUGUUUACAAGGGGGUACUUGAGGGCAGUGGGACUACCGUUGCGGUGAAGGUGCUUCAUUUAGUGGGCCGCGGUGCUCUAAAGAGCUUCAUAGUUGAAUGUGAGGUACUAAAGAACAUCAGACACCGAAAUCUUUUGAAGAUACUGACAGUUUGCUCGGGUAUCGAUUAUCAAGGAAAUGAUUUUAAGGCCAUAGUAUAUGACUUCAUGGACAACGGAAGCCUGGUACAGUGGUUACACCAAAAAGCAAUGCCCUUUCUUGGAAACGAACCUCCGAAAAAAGUGAAUUUCAUUCGGAGGAUAAAUAUUGCUAUUGAUGUUGCUUCUGCACUUGAUUAUCUUCAUAACCAGUGCCACAUUCCCAUCAUUCACUGUGAUUUAAAGCCAAGCAAUGUCCUCUUGGAUGCUCGGAUGGUUGCACAUGUUGGUGACUUUGGAUUGGCGAAAUUUAUCCUUGGAUCGUCCCUUGAUAUCGUAGCUAAUCAAAUGAGCUCUGUGGGUCUAAGAGGGACAAUUGGUUACGCGCCACCAGAAUAUGCAAUGGGAUGUGAGGUCUCGAGAGAAGGUGAUGUCUACAGUUAUGGCAUCCUCUUACUAGAGAUGUUCACCGGAUUGAGUCCCACCGAAGACAAAUUCAGAGACAAUUUCACUCUGCAUAGUUUUGUCGCGGCAGCUUUGCCUGGACAAGCAUUGGAAAUUACAGAUCACAUCUUGCUUCUAGAAAGGGAGAGUCGUUUCAACCCCAACAAUCGUCAUCACUGGCUUUCCGAAAGCGAUACCAUAUUUCAAGAGUGUUUGGUUAUGGUAUAUGACAUUGGAGUAGCUUGUUCCAAUGAAGUGCCUGGAAGUCGGAUGAGCAUCAAUGGUGUUGCGAGUCAGCUGCAAAAGAUUAGACAAAAACUGUUUGCAUUGGGUUUACAUGAACAAGAUGAGCUGCCGCGGGUGAUAUGAUAAUUUCUCAGUAUGUCUCGUCUUAAAUGUUUAGCUUUGCUUAUGCUAUUGCAAACAAACAUGUAAAGUGUGUAGCGGGGUGGAGAAUAAA